AUGUCAUCGAAACCUAAAGACGAACUUAUCAGCAAUUUUCGUGCUAUUGUACAAUGUUCAAGAGAAAUAGCGAUACAAUAUUUAGAAGCUGCAGAAUGGAAUGAACAAGCAGCUUUAGACUUUUUUCUUGAUAGUGAAGAUGCUCAAGAUCAUAAUUCUUUUCCCCCGGUAGAAACUACAUCAUCUGUACCAAAAACUAAUCAAAAUAUUCCUGUCAUAGACAACACUACAUCUAGUAGAACAAAUGAUAAUGAAUUAGAAGAUGAUUUAUUACAAUCAGCUCUUGAAGAUAGUCUUCGUAUUAAACCACCAGAAAAAUCGCCAGUAGAAGUUCCAAAACGAAUUAAUAAUCAUAAAUCAAUAAUAUCAUCUAAGAUCAAUACUUUUAACGAUGAUGACGAUUAUUUAGACGAUGAAGGUCAAGCUUUUUAUGUUGGUGGUUCAGAACAUAGUGGUCAACAAAUUAUUGGACCACCCAAGGACAAAGGUAAUGAUAAAAAAAUAACAAAUCUAUUUGAAGCAGCUCGCAAACAAGGAGCUACAGAAGUUCAUGAUAAUGAAUCAACUUCAUCAUCUCAUACAAAAAUAGAAAAACCAUUUGCAGGUGUUGGAUAUUCUUUAGGAGAUGAUCAUACAUCAUCGCGUACUCAAGGACAAUCAUCGUCAGAAGCUGCAGUAGCUGCAUCAAAUCAAGUGGAAGAUUUACCAAUUCGAUUUUAUUCAAAUGGAUUUACUGUUGGUGAUGGUGAACUACGAAAAGUUGAAGAUAAUCAAGAAUUUAUUGAAUAUAUUAGACGUGGUGAAGUACCAUCUGAACUUAGAAAUUUAAAUAAAAAUGGACGACAAGUUGAGGUACGUCUUGAAGACCAUCGUGAUGAAGAAUAUAAACGUGUCGCACCUACACUUAAGCCUUUUGGUGGUACUGGUAAUACCGUUGGUUUUCCUGGACUUGAACAAACUCCAUUUAAAUCAUCUAUUGCUUCACCUGCUAAUGCAGCAUCAGGUUCUUCAAAUGAAAAUAAUCUUGAAACACUUGCUGAAAGACACUUAAAAACUUCAUCAUCAUCAACAACGAUUCGUCUUCGAUUACCUGAUGCUUCAAUGCCAGUAUGUAUUAAAAUUGAUCUUAAUCGAACAUUAGCUGAAGUACGAAAAUUUCUUACUGAAAAUGUUCACUCACUUCAAUCAAAUGCAUUCGAAUUUAUGGAACCACCAGCAACAAAAAUAAAACGUGAAGAUGAAAGAAGACAAAUACGUGAUACAAACUUAUCGAAUUCCACACUUGUUGUCCGACGAAUUGCUUAA